CACAUAUUAAUGGAGUCGGGGGGUGAGUAGGAAACUCCCACUGGAGGCGUCGUUUGUGUGUCUCUCUCUCUCUCUCUGUGUGUGUGUGUGUGUGUGUGUGUAUGUGUGUGUGUUGGGACAGCACCGUUCCCACGUUGCUCUCUCCGGUUGGACUUUAGCAGCGGACGGUUACCGGAGGGAUGAACUCAGACUGAGGCUGUGAGGCGUUUACGGACCUUAAACUCUCCAAUGAGGUUUAUUAUUAACGUCGCGAUAUAAACGGUGGAGCCGCUGGUUGAGUGAGUUCGCGGUCUGGAAGUCUCAGUAAGUUGAUGUGUUAGGACAUGAUGUCGUCCCCCCGCUGCUUCCAGCUGCUGCUGUUCUGCAUCCUGCUGGUUCUGCUGGUCCAGUUUCCUCGGGCUCAGUCCAGACCGGCCACAGAGGACACAGACACAGCCGACGCAGUGAAAUCCUCUGAAGACGAAGAAGACGAUGAGUCAUCCUCGGAGGAAAACAAACUGUCCAACGAGCUGUCAACAAGCAACGAGAAGCUCCAGCCGUUGGCGCCGCAGUGGGUAAUGCCAGAGAAGAUGGAGAAGCAGCUUCACGCCGUACCAGCCAGCAGGACUGUGAAGUUUCGAUGCCAGGCGAUGGGAAACCCAGUUCCCUCCCUGCGCUGGUACAAGAACGGGAAAGAGUUCAGGAAGGACCAAAGAAUCGGAGGGUUCAAGAUCAGAGACCACAUGUGGACACUAAUAAUGGAGUCAGUGGUCCCGUCGGAUAAAGGGAACUACACCUGUGUGGUGGAGAAUGAAUAUGGGAGUCUCAAACACACCUACCUGCUGGAUGUAGUUGAGCGUUCUCCUCACAGACCGAUCCUGCAGGCCGGUCUGCCGGCGAACCAAACCGCAGUGGUUGGCAGUGACGUAGCGUUUGUGUGUCGCGUGUUCAGCGACCCGCAGCCUCACAUCCAGUGGCUCAAACACAUCACCGUCAACGGCAGCAGAGAGGGACCGGAUGGACACCCAUACGUCCUCAUUCUCAAGACUGCAGGUUUGAACACAACAGAUAAAGAAAUGGAGGUUUUGACUCUGAGGAACGUAACUCUGAACGAUGCUGGAGAGUACACCUGCCUGGCGGGAAACUCCAUCGGGGUGUCUCAUCACUCUGCGUGGCUCAACGUGGUCGACGGUACGUUGCGAUGUUCAGAAACCAAAGUUAAAGCGGCGACGCUGAUGGUUCGACCGUCUGCUGAUGUUUGUGCUCUAACGUCUCUCCCCCCAGACCUGCCCCCCGCCCCGCUGCCCUCUCAGACGUACUUGGAGAUCUUCAUCUACUGCCUCGGGUUUAUCAUCAUCAUCAUCCUCAUGGCCACAGCGGUCAUCUGCAGACUCUGCUGCGCCCCAAAGAAGAGCGAUUUCAACAGCCAGUUAGCUGUCCAGAAGCUAGCCAAGAGCAUCCCUCUGAGGAGACAGGUGUCCGUCGAGUCCUCGUCCUCCCAUCAGUCCGGGAUGUGUUUGAUGCGCCAGUCUCGUCUCUCCAGCGCGGCCACCACCAUCCUGGCAGGAGUGUCGGAGUAUGAACUUCCCUACGAUCCCGUCUGGGAGCUGCCACGAGACAGGCUGACUCUGGGGAAGCCUCUGGGUGAAGGCUGCUUUGGUCAGGUGGUUCUGGCGGAGGCCAUCGGCGUCGACAAAAAUAAACCCACACGCCUCACGAAGGUGGCUGUGAAGAUGCUCAAAGCGGACGCCACAGAGAAGGACCUGUCUGACCUGAUCUCUGAGAUGGAAAUGAUGAAGAUGAUCGGCAAACACAAGAACAUCAUCAACCUGCUGGGCGCCUGCACUCAGGACGGCCCUCUGUACGUGGUGGUGGAGUACGCCUCGCAGGGCAACCUGAGGGAGUACCUGCGCACCCGUCGCCCGGUCGGGUUGGAGUACUGGAGCGGCUCCCGGCAGGUCUCUCUGGGCAGUCUGGAGAUCAGGGAGCUGGUGUCUGCUGCGUACCAGGUGGCCAGAGGAAUGGCGUACCUGGCGUCGAAGAAGUGUAUUCACAGAGACCUGGCAGCCAGGAACGUGUUGGUCACCGAGGAUAACGUGAUGAAGAUCGCCGACUUCGGUCUGGCCCGAGAUAUCCACCACAUCGACUACUACAAGAAGACCACGAACGGUCGUCUGCCGGUGAAGUGGAUGGCACCAGAAGCUUUAUUCGACCGCGUUUAUACGCACCAAAGCGACGUGUGGUCAUUCGGGGUCCUGCUGUGGGAAAUCUUCACCCUCGGGGGGUCUCCUUACCCCGGCGUCCCCGUGGAGGAGCUCUUCAAGCUGCUGAAGGAGGGACAUCGCAUGGAGAAACCCUCCGCGUGCACGCAGGAGCUGUAUCUGAUGAUGAGAGACUGCUGGCACGCCGUCCCGUCUCGCCGGCCGACCUUCCAACAGCUGGUGGAAGAUUUAGACCGCACGCUUUCUCUCAUGGCUAACCAGGAGUACCUGGACCUCUCCGUUCCUCUGGUCCAGUAUUCUACAGUGGCGUCUCAUUCCUGCUCCACAUAGGCGUUCUGGGACCUCUUCCCCUUCCUGGAUCACCUUCAUCCCGCUUCCUGUGCUGCGUGGGGCGGCGGGCGCGGCGGCGGUCCCAGACGAGGCCCGGGCCGGACGGAGGAGCUCAGAACCGCCGUCUAUCAGCAGCAGCAGCAGCAGCCUGAUGUGAAGAACAGCUGGACUGAGCUGGACUCCCCAGCAAAGGCCUCAGGAAGCCGCUCGCUCAUACCGGGUGUAAAGACUGAGUCCACCCACUGACUGAGGACUGAGAGCGGCUCUGCAUUAAUAAUAAUGCUCUCUGUGUGAAUACUGUAAAUAAUAGUUUGUGCUAUAUGGAAGAAAUAUGACGUAUAAAGGGAGCAAUAGAUACUAAAAUAAUAACUGAUUGAAUAUAAUAAAUAAAUCUAUAAAUGUGUAACAUUUCACUUUUUAUUUUUAACUCCUUCAGAAAUAAUAUUUACUCAUUUAUAGAUUUAUUUAAGUUCUCAUUCAUGUAUUUAUUUCCCACUAAUAUUAAUGUGUUUGUCAGUGAGGUUUGGUCCUCCGCAGUAAUGUUGCCAAAGAAAAGAUGUCUGCCAGUGUUACAGUCCAACAUUGCACUUAUUCCUCCCGCUGAUUACGGAACAUGCUUCUAGUUGAAUGUUUUAAAUGAUUAACAGUAUUAUUAAAAACACUUUGGAAUAUUUA